AUUUUGUACCAGAAGAGAUGGACAGCAGCAGCUUCAUCCAGUUUGAUGUUCCUGAAUACAGCAGCAGUGUCCUGAGCCAACUGAAUGAACUUCGCCUGCAGGGCAAACUUUGCGAUAUCAUCGUGCAUAUUCAGGGCCAGCCAUUCAGAGCUCACAAAGCUGUUCUAGCCGCUAGUUCUCCCUACUUCCGAGAUCAUUCAGCAUUAAAUACCAUGAGUGGCCUGUCAAUAUCAGUCAUUAAAAAUCCCAGCGUCUUCGAACAGUUGCUUUCCUUUUGUUACACUGGAAGGAUGUCUUUGCAACUGAAGGACGUUGUCAGUUUUCUAACCGCAGCUAGUUUUCUACAGAUGCAGUGUGUCAUUGACAAGUGCACACAAAUCCUCGAAAGCAUUCAUUCAAAGAUCAGCGUCGGGGAAGUCGACUCAGUCACUAUUGGGGCCGAAGAUACUCUGGAAAACCACAACGGCAUUAAGGAGGGCGGGUAUUUUGCCAACCCCGUCGAAAUUUCCCCUCCCUAUUGCUCUCAGGGGCGUCAGCCUGCUUCAGGGAACGAUCUCAGAAUGGAAACGACGCCAACCAACGCUCUGCGCAGCCGCCUGCAAGAAGAGGGGCACUCGGACCGCGGUAGCUGUGGCAGCGUUUCGGAAUAUGAGAUUCAAGUUGAAGGGGAUCAUGAUCCAGGGGAGCUGAUUGUUAGAGAGAGCCAAACCGCUGAGGUGAAAGUCAAAAUGGAAAAAUCUGAUCGGCCAAGCUGCUCAGAUAGCUCUUCGCUUGGCGAUGACGGGUACCAUACCGAAAUGGUAGAUGGAGAACAAGUGGUAGCCGUUAAUGUUGGUUCCUAUAGCUCCGUCUUGCAGAACGCUUACUCGUACUCCCAUGGCACACCCCAGCCUGCUAAUGUCUCUGAGCCCUUUGGAAGUCUGAGAAACUCGAGCUCUUCACGAUCUAUGCUGGGCUCCUUCCGAGGCCGUGGGCGUCAAAAGCGGAUCUCCACGAGCCACUUGCAUAGCGACGUUUCAAGUCUGAUGCAGGGAGCCGACGCAGAACCUUCAGCCCAUCACCCAGGCUAUGAAGGUAGUCCACGGGAAAGGAAUUCCAGAGGCCACUGGUAUGCCUACAGUGAAAGGUUAAUCUGUAUAUACUGUGGGAAGUCUUUCAACCAGAAGGGGAGCCUUGAUCGGCAUAUGAGAUUACACAUGGGAAUCACCCCCUUUGUGUGCAAGUAUUGUGGGAAGAAAUACACGCGCAAGGACCAACUUGAGUACCACAUCCGUGGCCACACCGAUGAUAAACCUUUCCGCUGCGAAGUCUGUGGAAAAUGUUUUCCUUUCCAGGGAACCUUAAACCAGCAUCUGCGAAAGAAUCAUCCAGGCGUAGCAGAAAUAAGAAGCAGAGUGGAGUCUCCCGAAAGAACAGAAGCCUACGUGGAGCAGAGAGAUGAGGAUGCUUCAGCUGCUGAAACUCUGGAUUAUACCAUGGACGUGCACACCCCUGAUUAAAAAAGAGAUGGUAUUCCUCAAUGCGAACUCGAGCAAAGCACAUUGAUCAAUGCAUUUCCUUCUUGUUUCUUUGAUAAGUUUCACAAUAAUUAGUAUGGCAUUGUGAUUAUUUUUCCUAAUAUAUUUUGCAAUUCUUGUGGGCGUUGUUCCAGAAUAAAAGGCUGCUGUUUUGUUUGGAAAGAGGCAGGGUUAGCUUAACUCCUAAAAAUGGUUACAAGGGGCAGGAUUCUAGAGAAAUAAUGCACUUCCUGGUGGGUGAGCUUCAGUAGUGAAAGAUGUGAUGACGAUGUGGGUAGUACAGGCUGAUUCACCCAAGACAGUGCAUUUUCUCAUUGUAUUUUGUGUGGCCCAGGAGCAGACGUACAUCCUUGGAUGUAAGUCUUAUUGUAUUCAGUAGGACUUAUUUCAGUUUGGCACACCUAGAAAGCUAUACCAGAGUCAGUCUGACUCCCAGAGUUGUGCUCGUGUCACACACAUACUUUUGUCAUAUGAUAUGGAUUCAAGAUGGGGUUUUGUUUCUUUCUUUCUUUUCUUUUCUUUCUUUUUUUUUUGGAAUAAC